UACAGGCACUCGCCCAUACGAACACUAGAGCCAAUUGCGCCGUAUGCAUGUAACGCACAGUUAAAGGACUUGCUUAUUUUAAGGCCAGAAGGGCUUGCAAACAUAAUUCACUUUUUACUAAAAAGGUCGAAACCGUCUUCGGUACUCCGUUAAAUUCCUCUACUCUAACAUGGCUCUGCUUCUUCAACGCCCUUUUGCUCCCCGCGUCUCGGGUACUCGGGUGCCUUCCCGGGCGGCUGUCGCUGUUAGGGCGACUUUCAAGGUCACGCUUAAGACUCCCAAGGGCGAGAAGGUUAUCAAGUGCCCGGACGAUACCUACAUUCUGGAUGCUGCUGAGAACGAGGGGGUCGACCUGCCGUACUCCUGCCGUGCGGGCGCUUGCUCCGCCUGCACAGGCAAGAUCGUGUCGGGUAGCGUCGACCAGUCGGAGCAAUCCAUGCUGGACAAGAAGGAGCUUGCCGACGGUUUCGUGCUCACGUGCGUCGCCUACCCCACCUCGGACGUCGUGAUUCUGACGGAGCAGUCCCCCAACUAGACACCUUGGUUUGGAUGGUGGCUUGGGCUUCUGGAAUGGUAAUAGCUAGGUAGCUUUCAGUUGUCCCUUGCAGCGAGUUGGCUGUUCGGAGGCGGGCACGCAGGGUGGGGGCAUGGAGGCGGGGCGUGCGUGAGGGAACAGAGAGGGAACUAUAAACUCAAUCUUCUAGGUUUGUCCUCCGGGAUACUCCUUGUGCCCUUAACUGGGUACCGCUAUAUUUACUUUAGGAACACUUGGCUUGGCAUUGUAGGUUAGACAUUUGGCAGGAAACCUCCUGCAGAGAAGUAGGGUGGCGAAGUUGACGUGCCCUUGUGAGUACUGCACGGUUUAGUUGUACCGGUUAGUUAUACCGGCUGGUCGGACAAGGGGGCUGGUGCACAUUGCAUCUGUCGCCGCAUGUUGCGCAAAAUCCGGGACGACGACGGCUAUUACACCUCUUGUCUGUCUGUCCCACGUGUUU